UAUACAAGUGUAAGUACAUUUAACUGUAGAAUUUACAAUGCAACCACUUGGACAUUGAAAAUGAUCACAAUGAAAAACUCACAAUCUGCUAAAGCAUAUUUAAGGCUUAAAAUUUAAUAAAAAAUGUUGAAAACAACAGCAUAUUUCACCAUAUUUACAAUUUGCGAACGGAAUAAAAUGACUUCACAUUCUAUUCAAAUCUAGCUGGCAUCUAUGUGGUUAACAUAUUCAACAUCUGGAUCCAACUUAUGGUCACGUGACCAGCGUGAAAGGGGUGUUGAAAUAGCUGAACCUGAAAACAGAGCUGGGGAGGAACAAGGAUCGACAAUCACUACCUUUUAAAACAUGAAGCCAGUCAACCAAUUCUUGCUCUGGUUGUUGCCAUGGAUCCCAGGCACUCUAAGUGGGCUGACAACCCAGGCCGAGCUUCGAGUCAUGGAGGGUAACUCACUAAUUGUCCCAUGUCUUUAUGAGCCUCAGUAUGCCAGUUAUGUUAAGUACUGGUGCAAAGGAAAAACGAGGGAAUUUUGCACAAGCUUAGCCCGAACAGAUGACCCCAUCACUCACAGCCAGUCUGACAACAGAGUAAGUAUUUUUGAUGACCCGAUCCAGCAAGUCUUCACAGUGACAGUGAAGAACCUAAAGGAGGAGGAUUCCGGCUGGUACAUUUGUUGUGUGGAGCUUGGUGGAUUUUGGCAAGCUGAUGUCUGUGCAUUCACUUACGUCACAGUGAUCUCAGGAAUGUCGGUAGUGAAUGGCAGACUAAGUGAGGAGGAGGGACGUAGUGUCACAGUUCAAUGUCUUUACAGUCCAAGAUACAGAGAGAGUGAAAAGAUGUGGUGUAGGAGUGGAGACUGGAGCUCUUGCCUGGUGACAGGCAAUGAAGGCACCUAUGACGACGCAUCUGUGGCCAUCAAUGAUGACAGAACUGGGACUUUGACAAUUACCAUAAAGAAGCUGAAGAGGGGAGAUAUGGGCUGGUACUGGUGUUCUGCUGGACAAGAGAAGAUUCCAGUGCACGUGCAAGUCUUACACCGACCAUCAACUGCCACGUUGAGUGGAAAUGCAGCAGCAGUGACUGUGACAACCCAAGCUGCAGCAAACCAGUCGGUUACAGAUGUAGCUGACCCCAAACCUAAAACAAAGGAUAGCUGGAAGUCUCGAAUUUUCACUGUGGAGUCCGUGACAUGUGCAUCAUUCAUAUUGCUUGUGGCCUUGGCUAUAUUAGCAAGCAGGAUGUGGAAACGUAAACAAUUUCAAAAGCUAAGACAAACGAUGGGAAUGAAACCAACUCACAUGGAGGACUGUGGAAUAGUGGUGGUGACCAGCAAAAAAUCUUGAACAACUGUCUUGAACACUAAUUAAAAAGGAAAAGAUAGAAAUUUAAAUUACCUUUGCAUAGGUUAUUAUAACAAAUACUUCUUCAUAUAAGAAUAUAUCUCUGCAGAAUAAAUCUUGAGGAAUCAAAAUAACUGUAUGAAAAAACCAAAAUAAUUACUUAAAACGACACACAGUGAUUGCGAACGCACAGCACACUUAAAUCAAUAAAUACAUCUGUUUUGUAAUUGCUUUUUAUUAAUAAUGGGUACUGUGUUUAGACUGGCAACUGAGCUCAUCUGUUGUUACAAAAAAAAAAAGAAGCAUUUUCCUGAGGAUGAGGGUGGAUUUUGUUACCAGGAUGUAUCAACUUUUACUGUAUGUAAGAAUAAAUGAGGCACAUUUAAACAAAGAAAGGGAUCAUACAAUGUUAAAUGCAGAUAAAAAGACAACUGAGGAAACAUGUGUACUGUGUGUGCAUGAGAAAGAUUUUGUAUUUUAUCUACAAUACCAAAACAAAAAAGAAAA